GGAGUCUCAGCGACGAAGUAUUUGUCGUAGAGUCUGUUUUGCAGCUACUACUACUACUAUUAUUAUUGUUGUUGUUAACAGUAUUUUGUUUUUGUUUUUCCCUUUCCCGCGUGUACUCCGCAAACCGGUAAAGCCAAGUGUACCGGCAGCGAGUACCCUCAGCUAUUCUGUUCCCUUCAAUCUAACAAAUAUACGCUGUAACUUAUUGAGUUUGCUCAACGUCACGAAAAGGAGAGGAUCAAGCAGCGUACACGGGAAAGGAAGGUACGCAGCGCAGACAAUUCCCUCUCCACACAGACGCUCACCAGUAGUAGAUGCACAGAGAAGAGAAAUCCAACUGAGCAAAUUGCAUCGUCGCAUUGGGGCGAUUCUUGUUAUUGGUAUUGUUAUUAUUGCCUUGGUGCUUUCACACUUUUUCGCUGUUGUAGUGGCGUCCGCUUUGCGGAAAGAACACACACACACACAGACAGAAAGCAUUCCGUGCCUUUCUUUCUUGUGGUGGUGGUGGUAGUGGCGUCGCAAUCCACUCGUGCCACCUUCACGGAUACGGUUGACAAUCCGCAAUUCAAGCACAAAGCAGCAAACCCGACACACACCAGCGAGGAGCUGCGACUCCGGCCCAGCUACAUUUAUACCUAUGCUUGUUUCCUGAUUGCUCAUUCGCGAGGCUUUCAGAGAAGCGCAGAAGUACAAGUCAAGCAAACUCUCCGCAUCGUUAUCUUAUCAUUUUUAGCCGCCUGCCGUUAUACAUAUAUAUUUCACUCUUCUCCUCUGCUUGUUUUUUCUUUCUUUCUGGGCGUUGAAUUAAUAAAACGAAGAGGAGGAAAAACAAGAGAGAUCCCAAGUCUUUUGUUUGAUGUUUCUUGACCUCGGAAAACGUACGUAGAUACCAACUAGUUGCGUGCCCACGGUGGUCACGACGGUGCCUCCCCGCACAUUCUAAAAAAGUUUUUUUCAUAUCGAUUCUUUUUGUUUUUGUUUCUUUGUAGGCUGUUGCUGUUUCCAUCUUCUCUUCCUGCGCCGGGCUCGUCCGUUUCACUACGCUUUUACCUAGUGUUCCUUAUCUGCUAGUUCAAAAAAAAAGUUUGUUUCUUUUCUCGCUUCCCUUCUCUCUUAUUUAAGCGAUAGUGUUACUUUUUUCUUCGUUCGUGGUUUCUUGUUUCGUUGUCGGUUUUAUUUUUCUACUGAUAUAUCUUGACGCCGGAAGAGGCUUGAGGUUCUUUUUUCUCCUUCCUUUUUUUUUUUCGGACUUGCUGGGGCUACGGUUUGCUACGGUACGCACUCUCUCCUCCCUUCUCGUUUGUACACAUUAAGAAGGAAAAAGGCCUCUUUCCCGUGUCGCUCUACGUCCCUCGUCCCACCUUUCUUUUUGUUUUCUCGUUGACUUUAACGAGAUACGCUGUCCUGUUUUGUUUAACUCCGGUGUGCCUUCUGCGAACCUCUUCGGUCUUUCUCACUUAUUAUUAUUAUUAUUUUGUUUUCUUUCCCUUUCCCUUCUUCCUUUUGUAUUGUUGUGGAACACCCCUAAAUACAGCUGACGCCCCUUAGCGGACCCACUCAAAGAUGCGUCUUCUCGUCGGUCGCUACAUUCUUGUCAAGCAAAUCGGCAAGGGCGGCUUUGGCGCCGUGGAGGAGUACAAGGAUUGCAUCACAAACGAGAAUGUCGCGGUCAAAACCAUCCCGGCGCGCUACGUGAAUCAAGAGAGCCGCCGCCUGGUGCGCGAGAUCGAUAUUAUGUGCUUCCUGCACGACGCCCACCCCCACGUCAUUGGGUACUUCAACAUCUUCGCCACCAAAGCCACGGCGAUCCCGAACCACAACUCGAACGGCAACGAGGACCCUUUGGCGAGCGUGGCGCAAGACGAAGCCAAUACGCCGGCGCGACUCAACUUAAUGGGGAAGUACUACGCUGGUCUCAGCAGCAGAGAGCAGCUGCACCUGCAUCAGGAGGAGUUGAUGAAGUCGGUGGCUGAAAUCGUUAAAAGCGACGAGUUCAACGUGCACAUCGUCAUGCCCCUCAUGAAGGGCGACCUCUUCUACUUUAUCCGUCUCUUGGGCUCGCAGUCAAGUGUGCAGCGACUCGGCGUCACACACCAGUACCUGGCCCAGGUGGCCGUCGUCUUUGCCUUUCAGAUCUGCUUCGGCUUGGACUACCUGCACCAGUGCGCCAUCAUUCACCGCGACAUGAAGCCCGACAACGUCCUGGUGCGGCUCGACAUCAACAACCCCUACAUGUCCACCGCCCUCAUCGCUGACAUGGGCCUUGCGCGGGAUGCGCAGCACAGUGACACGAUCUACAUCUGCACCCGCUACUACCGCCCCCCGGAGGUGAUCACAAGCGUCUCGAGCGGCUCCUCCAAGAUCGACAUUUGGUCUCUGGGGUGCGUGUUUUACGAGAUGUGCACCGGGCAGACGCUCUUCACCAUGCGCAGCGCCCUCAAUGACCGUGGGGAGUGGGACGGCGCGAAGGCGAGUCUCCAGCUGGAGGUGAUCCUGAACACGAUCGGCACGCCGGCUGCAGAGGAUAUUGAGCGCUACAUGCCGAAAGGCAACGCAAAGCUGUACCUGCAGCGCAGCGCCCCGCGGCCGUCGCAGCUGCGGCAGCUGAUUGAGCGGAAUUGGAUACUGCACUACAACGGCGACGAGAAGGAGAAGUGGAUCGACCUCAUCACGCGCUGCGUCGUCUUCUUCCCCGAGCAGCGGCCCACCGCCCAGCAGCUGUGCCAACACCAACUCUUUCGCGACUACAACGUGUUCUACGGCACAAACGUGCAGCAGUACGCACCAACCCCCUACACCCCGUCGUUCCGCCACUUCGCCGACACAUCGAGGGCGGAGAACAAGCAGGCGAUGCUGUCCUUGGUGCGGCGGGCACUGCAGGAGACGAUGCUGCCAGAGAAUGAGGAGGAUGACACGAGCAGUGAGGAGGAAGAAGAGGACGAGUCGGCGUCAGGCAGCGACGACAGCGAUGGCAGCGACAGCAGCGAGAGCGUCGACGAGGGCGAGGACGAGGGCGAGGAGGACGAAACGCCGCCGCAGCCCCUCGUGGACGCCGUUGAGAUCAGCUUACGUACGCAGCAGCAAGAGCAGAGCAAUUCCGCCUUUAACCCGGCUCGUGGCGAUCCCCUCAAGCCCAAUAAUGCCAACAACAACGAAAACGGAAGUGAGGAGAGCGAGUUGCGCGUGACGUCGUCCCUCUUUGGCUUGUCGAACAGCGGCUCGAAAUCGGCGUCCGCACGCGGCGCAGACAGUCACGGUGGUAAUAGGCACAUCAACAGCAACAAUAAUAAUAGUAAUGCGGCGGCGGCAAAGCAGUGGUCUGCCCCUUCCAAAGAGCAGGCGAUGUUGCCGAAUCCGGUCUCUCUGGGUGGGCACUACUACGGCGGACAGGCCUUCCUGGACGACGAAGAUGACGCGGAUGUAGGCUUGAACAUCGCGGCAGAGGAAGAGGCGAAGUCACGCUACCUACGCGCACAACGAUCACCCGUUGCGCCGCGCCCCCAUCGCAACGCGCCAGGCGGAGAGGCGACGGCACGUCUGAGUCCUGGCAGCUCCUCCCACCACACCCCGAUGGCGAUGGCCGGCGUCAGCAGCAGCAGCAACAACAUCAGCAAACAACCGGCGAGACACGCCGUUCACUCCGCCAGCUCGGAGGACAGCGGUCCGGUGAUCGAGGACACACCACCGCUGGCACCGGCAACCGCCUUCAGAGAUCGUAUCAUCCGUCGGAGACAGAACGGCGUGGUCGAUGAGGAGGAACUGAGCAUGAGCAGCGCGAAGCCGAGCGCGUUCAACCUGGGAGGCCUCCGCAACCUCCACAAAGAGCGCAAUCCGUUCGACAACGAGGAGGCGACGCUGCCGCCGAGCGCGGCGUCACACCUGCCACCCGCCGCGAAGGGCCUGCGCGCGGUCCCGGGGGACUCGCCGAUGCAGGGGCCGUUCAGCGUCGCGCUGGAUCGCACGGAGACGUCGCCCGUGACGCUGUCCAAAGGUGGGAGCUACAAUUACUUGUCGCAGUACCCAAUUCGUCACCCAGAGACACGUGUACAGCAGCAACAGCCCGCCGCAUUGCAUUUUGGUGGAUUAGAGGGAAGUACGAGUCUGCCUCGCCCAGGUGGGAUUGGCGUGAAGCGGCGCUUCGGCGAUUCAGACGCCCAGCCCGUCUGCGCCAGCGCCAAUUCAAGCUCCCUCACGCACGCAGGCAUCCAAGGCAGCACCGGACCGGCUGCCCCUGCGAAGAAGGUGGAGGAGGGGCAGUACGACUACUUUGGCGACGCGGAUUACUUCAUCAGCCCCAACGCGAGCAAUACCGGGAAGCUUUCCCCGUUGUCAUCAGGAAAGGAGCAGGCCUCCGCGACCUAUCUGUUCAGCAUGUCCGACAGCGGGCGGGCAGAUCCAUUGCAGCCACUCGCACACCAGGCAAAGCCCGCCGUACCACCACCACCACCACCGGUGCAUCCUUCCGCCGCCGCUUCGUUGCCGCGUGUGGACUCCGACUCGUUUCCUUCCAUCUCCAAUUCAGACCUGCGCCACCGGUACAUGUCCUAUCGACAUUCUCCACACAGCAUUCAAGCAGCCACCUCUGCGGUGCUGGAGGAGCUGGGGAGCUGUACGCACGACGCCGCCCGCUCAAGCGAAUUGCGUGAUUUGCUCAACUACUUCACCUCUCUCAAGGUGGAUCCAUCGUACUACGUGUGA